GUACGUCGACACCUGAACCUCCGAAAACAACGACCCGAUUACACACAAGCUACCCACCACCGACCGACCGAUCAACUCACCCUCCUAACCCCGAACCCGAAUCUUCCACGACGUAGCCAAUUUAUCCGCUUCCUCCACGAGAACCGCGACGCCGUUAACCUGCGUAACUCUCUUUCCAUCCUUUCCCCGUCACAGACUUAGGGAUGUCUUCAGACGACGAACGCCAGAAGGCCCUCGACUCUUACCGGGCUAAGCUGCUCGAAUCCCGGGAGUGGGAGGCGAAGCUCAAGUCCCUCCGCCUCGAGAUCAAGGACCUGCAGAGGGAGUUUGACAGAACUGAAGACAACAUCAAAGCGCUGCAGAGUGUCGGACAGAUUAUCGGCGAGGUCCUGAAGCAGCUCGACGACGAAAGAUUUAUCGUGAAGGCCUCGUCCGGUCCCAGAUAUGUCGUCGGUUGCAGAUCAAAGGUCGACAAGAUCAAACUCAAGCAGGGCACGCGGGUGGCUCUCGACAUGACGACACUCACCAUUAUGCGCAUGCUCCCCCGAGAAGUCGACCCCCUUGUCUACAACAUGUCGCUGGAGGAUCCCGGCCAGGUCAGCUUCGCCGGAAUCGGUGGCCUCAACGACCAAAUUCGCGAGCUGCGCGAGGUCAUUGAGUUGCCUCUCAAGAACCCCGAGCUUUUCCUACGCGUGGGCAUCAAGCCACCCAAGGGUGUCUUGUUGUACGGUCCCCCUGGUACGGGCAAGACGCUGCUCGCCCGUGCUGUGGCGAGCAGUCUCGAGACCAACUUCCUGAAGGUGGUCUCGUCAGCGAUUGUCGACAAGUACAUUGGAGAGUCUGCCCGUCUGAUUCGCGAGAUGUUUGGCUACGCCAAGGAGCACGAGCCCUGCAUCAUCUUCAUGGACGAGAUCGACGCCAUCGGCGGACGCAGAUUCUCGGAGGGAACUAGUGCGGAUCGUGAAAUCCAGAGAACACUGAUGGAGUUGCUGAACCAACUCGACGGUUUCGAUUACCUCGGCAAGACUAAGAUCAUCAUGGCGACGAACCGGCCCGAUACCCUUGAUCCCGCCCUGCUCCGUGCCGGACGUCUCGACCGCAAGAUCGAGAUCGCUCUGCCGAACGAAGUCGGGCGUUUGGAGAUCCUUAAGAUCCACGCUUCCGGCGUGGUGACGGAGGGUGAGAUCGACUUUGAGAGUGUGGUGAAGAUGAGCGACGGUCUCAACGGUGCGGAUCUGAGAAACGUCGUGACAGAAGCUGGCCUUUUCGCCAUCAAGGACUACCGAGAUGCGAUCAACCAGGACGACUUCAACAAGGCGGUGCGCAAGGUCGCCGAGUCGAAGAAGCUGGAGGGCAAGCUGGAGUACCAGAAGCUAUAAGGCAAAAGGGUUUUCCGUUAGGACGAGUCACGGAAAGGAGGGAGCGAGGACAUGCUCAAGAGCAAUGCCCAAUGAAAAAGACUUCUGCAAGGCUGGUUGGGUGGAGUGUCACCGGUCCUUGGCUGCCUUUGGGGGUCUUUCUCUUUUCAAUGUGUUAAGCAGUGUACAUUACCCAAGUUCAAGGUUUGGGGUUGUUUGCGAAGAGGCAGCAUAGAGAAGAACGGCGUGAAACAGAGGCAGC